GGUGGGGCGGGACUUCCGGUGCCGCGGUUGCAUCAGAUUCUGGAAAGCGUCUGUGGCGGCAGCCGUGGUUCUUGAUUCCCAGUGAUGGCAGGUUCCUCCGCGGAGCAGGCUGUCGACUACAGGUCCAUUCUGAGCAUUAGUGACGAGGCAGCCAGGGUGCAGGCCCUGGACCAACACCUCAGCACGCGUAGCUAUAUCCAGGGGUACUCCCUAUCCCAGGCAGAUGUGGACGUGUUCAGGCAGCUCUCAGCCCCUCCUGCUGAUUCAAGGCUCUUCCACGUGGCUCGGUGGUUCAGGCACAUAGAAGCGCUCCUGGGUGGCUCCCAAGGCAGAGGAGAGCCCUGCAGGCUUCAAGCAAGUAAAGGCCGGCGAGUGCAGCCUCAGUGGUCUCCCCCAGCAGGGACUGAGCCCUGCAGGCUUCGCCUGUACAAUAGCCUCACCCGGAACAAGGAUGUAUUUAUACCUCAAGAUGGGAAGAAGGUGACGUGGUACUGUUGCGGGCCGACUGUCUAUGAUGCGUCUCACAUGGGACAUGCCAGGUCCUACAUCUCUUUCGACAUCCUGAGGCGGGUGCUGAGGGAUUACUUCCAGUAUGAUGUCUUUUACUGCAUGAAUAUCACAGACAUUGAUGAUAAGAUCAUCAGGCGGGCACGGCAGAACUACCUGUUUGAGCAGUAUCGGGAGCAGAAACCCCCAGCUGCCCAGCUUCUGAAGGAUGUCCGUGAUGCCAUGAAGCCAUUUUCAGUCAAGUUAAGUGAGACAACAGAUCCCGACAAGAGGCAGAUGCUGGAACGGAUCCAGAACUCUGUGAAGCUUGCCACAGAACCACUGGAACAGGCUAUGCAUUCCAGCCCCUCUGGAGAGGAAGUAGACAGCCAUGUACAGGUGUUGCUGGACGAAGCAAAGGACUUGCUCUCUGACUGGCUGGAUUCUACAGGUGGCAGUGAGGUGACUGACAACUCUAUUUUCUCCAAACUGCCCAAGUUCUGGGAAGAAGAGUUCCACAAAGACAUGCAAGCCCUGAAUGUUCUCCCUCCUGAUGUCCUGACCCGUGUCAGUGAAUAUGUGCCAGAAAUUGUGAACUUCGUCCAGAAGAUUGUAGACAAUGGCUAUGGCUAUGCUUCAAAUGGGUCCGUCUACUUCGACACAGCCAAGUUUGCUGCUAGUGAAAAGCACUCCUAUGGGAAGUUGGUUCCUGAAGCCGUUGGGGAUCAGAAGGCACUUCAGGAAGGGGAAGGUGAUCUGAGCAUCUCUGCUGACCGCCUUAGUGAGAAACGCUCUCCCAAUGACUUCGCCUUGUGGAAGGCCUCCAAGCCAGGAGAGCCAUCCUGGCCUUGCCCCUGGGGAAAGGGUCGUCCGGGAUGGCACAUAGAGUGUUCCGCUAUGGCAGGCACGCUCCUGGGAGCCUCAAUGGACAUUCACGGUGGAGGGUUUGACCUCCGCUUCCCCCACCAUGACAACGAGCUGGCACAGUCAGAGGCCUACUUUGAAAAUGAUUGUUGGGUCAGGUACUUCCUGCACACUGGCCACUUGACAAUAGCAGGCUGCAAGAUGUCCAAGUCACUGAAAAACUUCAUCACCAUUAAAGAUGCCUUGAAGAAGCACUCAGCGCGGCAGCUGCGGCUGGCAUUCCUCAUGCACUCAUGGAAAGACACACUGGACUAUUCCAGCAACACUAUGGAGUCUGCGCUUCAGUAUGAAAAGUUCAUGAACGAGUUUUUCUUAAAUGUGAAAGACAUACUCCGAGCCCCUGUAGACAUCACUGGCCAGUUUGAAAAGUGGGAAGCUGAAGAAGUGGAGCUAAAUAAGAACUUCUAUGACAAGAAGACUGCAAUUCAUGAAGCCCUGUGUGAUAACAUUGACACCCGUACUGUCAUGGAAGAGAUGCGGGCUUUGGUCAGUCAGUGCAACCUCUACAUGGCAGCCAGGAAGGCUGAACGGAGGAGGCCCAACCGAGCUCUGCUGGAGAACAUUGCCAUGUACCUCACCCACAUGUUGAAGAUCUUUGGGGCCAUAGAGGAGGAGAGCCCCCUGGGUUUCCCAGUUGGUGGGCCUGGAACCAACCUGAAUCUUGAGACUACAGUCAUGCCCUACCUGCAGGUGUUAUCAGAAUUUAGAGAGGGAGUGCGAAAGAUUGCCCGAGAGAAAAAAGUCCUUGAGGUUCUGCAGCUCAGUGAUGCCCUCCGGGAUGACAUCCUGCCUGAGCUCGGGGUGCGGUUUGAAGACCACGAAGGACUGCCAACAGUGGUGAAGUUGGUGGACAGAGACACCUUACUGAAAGAGAAGGAAGAAAAGAAAAGGGCUGAAGAAGAGAAGAGGAGGAAGAAAGAGGAGGCGGCAAGGAAGAAACAGGAGCAAGAAGCAGCAAAGCUGGCCAAGAUGAAGACACCACCCAGUGAGAUGUUCCUGUCAGAAAUCAACAAGUAUUCUAAGUUUGAUGAAAAUGGUCUGCCUACCCACGACACUGAAGGCAAAGAGCUGAGCAAGGGCCAGGCCAAGAAGCUGAAGAAGCUCUUUGAAGCCCAGGAGAAACUGUACAAGGAGUACCUGCAAAUGUUGCAGAACGGCAGCCUCCAGUGACACCGUGGCAGCCCAGAAGGGGUAUGCCUGCCAGCCUGGCUGCUGUGGACUAGGCCACACCUACUCAGGCCCCAAGCCCCGAUCAUGUUUACAGCUGUUCUCACACCUGAAUCAGGCAGAAUGGUAGCAGCUCUGGGACACUGAUAAUAAAUUCUUCUGAACGGUCUGCCCUCUCAGCACUUGGAGAGCUGGCCUACAGGCGCCUGGUCAGCAGCGAUCAACUUAGGCCUCCUAGUCAAUUGAGCCCCUUCAGCCAGCCUGCCUGAGGAAUUUCCCUCACAUUGGCGAACUGAGCUAAUCUCUGCUGUGUUGGCACAUUUGAUGGUAUUGGAGUAGGAAAAAGGCAGACUCAGCCCAACGGAUCCCCCUGAGCCCCAGACAAAAGCCACUCAGUUGGCUGUCUGGCUCUGAUGAACAUAUACUGCAGGUUUCCCAGAGCAACUGCAGGGUGGCAGCAGGACAGUUGCCCUGUGGGGUGGAGCUUUGGCAAGCUGCCUGGGACUACCGUUAUGACAGCAAGCCCAGAUCAGCACCACUGGCUUGUAAGAUAAGGGGUCUCUAGAUCCAGCCUCAACUGUGUUUCCUCUCCCCCUGCUCCUGCCUGUUUGCUCAGCCCUGCUAAGAAUCAGAACCUAUGGUGAAUGUGUCUAGCCUUCUCUUGUGAUUAAAAAAAAAAAAAAAAAA